AUGUCAUCUUCAUCGUUCUCUAUUUUUCUUUCAAUUCUUAUUUGUUUCCUUUUCUGCUUCACAAAUGGACAACAACAAAAUUUUCAAGGAUGGACUCCCCAACAAAUUGAAGCUUAUCGAAGUCAUUAUUAUAACUGGUAAGAGACAAUUAAUAUUCUGAAUUAUUAGAAAUAAAAUUUAGGUAUCAUCAACAACGAGUAGCUCCUCAACCAGUUGUCACUCAAGCCCCAGUUGAAUUACACAAUCAUCCAAUUUUCCGAAAUUUUGAAAAAGAUGACAAAGGAAAUGUUUGGCACGGGAAUGAUGAUGCUAAAAUAUUGUUCAUCUCAAGAUCUUCUUAUCCAUAA